GGCGGCGGCCGCGGCGGCGGGGCUGCGGCGGGGCGAGGGCGGCCGGCGGCGGGGAGGGAGUGAGUCACCUGACCGCUGCCCGCGCCGCCCGUCAGGCUCGCUGGCUGCCGUCAGUCGGGCCGCCUCGCGCCUGGGCUCCGGUUUGACGCCGAUCAGAAGCAUGCUCUCACUGAGUUUCCCAGCACCAUCCGUUACACAGAAUGUCUCUGAGUGAGAGUUCGGUUUUCGCCUAUGAGUCCUCGGUGCACAGUGCCAACGUCUUGCUCAGCCUGGACGACCAGCGGAAGAAGGAUGUGCUGUGCGAUGUCACGGUGCUGGUGGAGGGCCAGCGCUUCCGCGCACACCGCUCUGUCCUGGCAGCGUGCAGCACGUACUUCCACUCGCGGAUCCUAGGCCAGGCCGAUGCGGAGCUCCAUCUCACUCUGCCAGAGGACGUGACAGUUAAAGGAUUUGAACCUUUAAUUCAGUUUGCCUACACCGCUAAGCUGUUCUUAAGUAAGGACAAUGUGGAUGAGGUGUGCAAGUGUGUAGAGUUUUUAGGUGUACGUGAUAUUGAGGAAUCCUGCUUUCAGUUUCUCAAAUGUAAGUUUUCGGACUCUACUGCUGACCAGCAAGAACGCCCAAGAAUAAAAUGCUUCCCAUCGCACUGUCAGAAAACAGACCUUAAAAUUUCCCUUUCAGACCAGAGGGAAUUGGAAAUAGAUGAAGUGGAGGAAUUUUUGGAAAACAAAAAUGUUCAGAUGCCUCAGUGUAAACUUCGUCGGUAUCAAGGAAAUGCAAAAGUAUCACUUCCUCUUCAAGACAGUGCCAGUCAAACAUGUGAAUCCAUGUGCUUAGAAAAGGAUGCUGCUCUGGCUCUGCCAUCUUUAUGCCCCAAAUACAGAAAAUUUCAGAAAGCAUUUGGAACCGACAGAAUUCGACCUGUGGAAUCCGUUGUCAAAGAUGUUCACACUUCGUGUGUUCCGCCAAAUGAGACAUCUGAGAGUGAAUGUCUCGGGGGUGUCCAAGAUUGUGCAGAUCUGCAAGUGAUCUUAAAAUGUGAAGAAACUAAAUUACCAGUGGAACAUGAAGAAACCAAGAAGAAAGAUCCCGCUUCUCAGUGUCCGUCCGAGCAAACCGAGGUGGCUCCUCUACCCCACAGCUCUUCUGCGGAUCCUCAUGGCCUCUAUUCUCUGUCCCUCUUACACACGUAUGACCAAUACGGUGACUUGAAUUUUGCUGGUAUGCAAAACAUGACAGUGUUAACAGAGAAGCCUUUGUCAGGUACAGACGUUCCAGAAGAAAAAUUAUUCAGUGAAAGUCAGGAGUUACAUUUGAAAUCUGACCCUGGCCCCAGGGAAGACAGUAGCCUUGCCUCCAGUGACCGGAGUAGUGUGGAACGGGAAGUGGCUGAGCACCUAGCGAAAGGCUUCUGGAGUGAUAUUUGCAGCACGGAAGCCCAUUGCCAAAUCCAGUUAUCACCCGCUGUGGCCAAAGAGAGUUCCGAACCCAUCUACCCACAGAAACGGUCCGAGUGUCCCUGGUUGGGCAUCAGAAUCAGCGAGAGCCCAGAGCCGGGGCAGAGGACUUUCACCACGUUGAGUUCUGUCAACUGCCCUUUCAUCAGCACUCUGAGCACCGAAGGCUGUUCAAGCAAUUUGGAAAUUGGCAACGAUGGUUAUACUUCUGAGCCCCAGCAGGAACCUUGUCCCUACACAUGUGUCAUCAGCCUGGGAGAUGACUCUGAGACUGAUACUGAAGGAGACAGUGAAUCCUACUCGGCCAGAGAACAAGAGUGUGAGGUAAAGCUGCCAUUUAAUGCCCAACGAAUAAUUUCGCUCUCUCGAAAUGAUUUUCAAUCAUUGCUGAAAAUGCACAAAUUGACUCCAGAGCAACUGGAUUGUAUCCAUGAUAUUCGAAGGAGAAGUAAAAACAGAAUUGCUGCCCAGCGCUGUCGCAAGAGAAAACUCGACUGUAUACAGAAUCUUGAGUCCGAGAUUGAGAAGCUGCAAAAUGAGAAGGAGAACUUGUUGAAGGAACGCGAUCACAUCCUGUCCACCCUUGGCGAGACCAAGCAGAACCUGACUGGACUCUGCCAGCAAGUUUGCAAAGAAGCAGCGCUGAGUCAGGAACAGAUCCAGAUCCUCGCUAAGUACUCGGCCUCCGACUGCCCGCUUUCCUUUCUCAUCUCCGAGAAAGGGAAAAGUACUCCAGAUGGGGAACUUGCCUUCCCGGCUGUGUUGAGUUUACCUGAGGGGCCCCCCGUGGUGCCCUCGCCCGCCACCGAGCAGCAGAGCCCGGGCUAUUCCAGCACCAGCAGGAGCAGCGAGCCGGGUGGCCCUCGGGGCCAGGAGCCUGGGCCCGGGGCCAGCACUGGGCAGGCCGGGCUUGUGGAACAGUGUCGGCCCAGCGGCAGCAUCUCGGAUUUCUGUCAGCAAAUGACUGAUAAAUGUACUACUGACGAGUAAACUUGCACUCACUUCCUUCAGACGGGCUGAUUUUUAUUUUCUGCUGAAGUUUUGACAUUGUUUGGACGCUCCAUAUAACCAUCUGUUCCUUAAACAUAUUGUUUUUAUUUAACCCCCUCAUGGUUUGCUGAUAAGGGAAUUCCUCUGAAUUUGACCUAAUGUCUUGAUUUCUACAAGAGAUGUGGAAAAGAUUUUGCUUCCUAGAUACUGAAAAAAAAAAUCACAUGUGAAAAUGUAGUAAGGUUUUAAAAUUCAUGCAUCAAAGAAUAGCAUUAAGUCAUAAUUUUUCCCAGUAUUCAAAAUAAACAUGAGAAUGAAACAGCAUUAUGGAAAAAAAAGUGGUUUCACAGCUUAAAGUAUCUACAGAUAAUUCCUGCUAGAAAAAGUAGCCUACAAAGUUUUAUUAGUGUAACCCUUUUGCAGUACCCCCGUGUAAGAGAAAAGUUCUCCCCAGAAAGUUACUAACCAAGGUCUGUUCUCUUCAGAGGUCAGGUCUCAGUUCCUUGGGAGUGUUCGUGUGGAACUUAAGUGUGCAAAAUGGGAUCUUGAAAUAGAAAUAACAGCAUUAAAGAUCAUUGCUCUUCAGCUGCUUCCAGAAUCAGGGUUUUUUUGGUUUGCACCGUGAUUCCUAAAUUGCACUGGGAAUCAUUCUGCUCUCCAUCAGUAGUGCAGGCUGUGUUAAUAGCAGGGAAGAAUCCUCUCCUUUUUCUCUCCAUCACCUUCAUGUCUGUGACACGCUUAUUUCUUUGGAAGAAGCAGCAGGGCUAGCGAGUGUCUUAGGCUUUAGAAUUCUGGACAGCUUUCUCACCCAAAUACAAGACUGCUUGCCUUCCCAUUAGAGAGCACCCAGGUAAGAAAACCAGACCACAGGAAAGAAGAGGACCUACAUUUACCAGCUGUAGCAGCUCACUUUUCGAUCUAUUUUAAAGUCUUGUCACUCUUGUUAAAAAAAAAACAGAAACAAAAACACAACAUUAUGGUAAAUUGAAAUGCACCUCUAGUGAUCAUGCAGGUUUCUGAAGUAGGUUGGAAUUUGAUCUUGGUCACUGGAAGUCAGAUUCGAUCUUGGUUCUCUUCCUCAACUCUGAUGUCCUGGGACCCACACAUUCAUUUUGACUUGGGUAUUUUAAAAUCAGUCUUUGUGUUUAUUCAUUCCUAUAUUUGAAUACAGCCUCUAUCAUCUGCCCCCUAAUAUUGUACAGUGGUUCUUAGCCAUUCUGGUGUUUGAUGACUUUUGAGAGUCAAAAGUUUGGAACGUUACCAACAGCUGAAAAUGCAUAUUUGGCAUUGACAGAAACAUUUGCUGUACCUAGUUUUUAAGGGGUAGGAAAGAGUUCUUGAUAGUGUCUGGAUCAAAAAUAAACCUUCAUUUCAUCUGGUCAGACAGUUGUGAGAAACACUCUAGACUGUACCUGGAGUUUAGGGGUGAGCCUGUGGAGCUGACGUGGGGGACAGUGCUCCACUCACCACCACAUAGGAGUGAGCAUCGGAGAGCAUGUGGGGACCAGACUGUCUUUCAAACAUUAUCCUUUCUGAAGUGGGGAGAUGGGGGAUCUACUGCUAGUCUGUUCUUAGUAGUUUAUAAUCUCUGCUCUUAGCUACUGCAAGAAAAAACUAGUUGGGCUUAUUUUCUUAUCACUUCAUAGGAAUUCUCAAGAAUUUAUCAGGGAGAAUGAUUAUUCCGUGAUGAUACAUCCUAUACUAAAAAGGAAUUGUGUAUAUAUAUGUGUGUGUGUACAUAUAUAUAUAUAUAUAUAUAAACCCACGUAGCUGUUUCUUUGAUACUUGUAAUUUUUAACUUCAGAAUAUAAAAUAAUAUAAAAACUUUUUUGGUUUACAAAAUGUAAAAUCAAUACAAGCCAAUGGAAUUCUUGAUUUCCUACCUCAGUGUAUACUCAGCUGUUUGUCAUAUCAGUUUGGUAUGUGCUAAUGUCAAAUGAUUUUUUUUGCUUUAAUGGCUACUGUAAAUAACCGCUUUGAAAGGUUACCAACUAUUUUAUGGUAAACCCUCAAUGUCUCCAGAGUUUAAAUAUGAUUUUUAAGACACCUGGUUUAAAUUUCUUUCUACAUACAAACAUAAAUUCUACAUAAGUUUAGCAUUAAGGGUUUAUUUUGAUGAUAUUCUGGUUAUUGGCCAAGUGUAAUAUUUCUUAAAAUAUAGCAUUAAUUUUAAUAACCAGCAUGUAAUACAAGUACACUACCUCAUACCUACAUAAUUUUCAAGUUGUAAUACGAAGGGACAAAUUUUUUUUAAAAAGACAUUUGUCUUUUUUGGCCAUAGGUGGAAAUGUUUUCUAGAUAAUUGCAUAACAUUACACUUUUAUGCCUAUUUUAACAUUUAACUUCUAAAGAAGUUUUUUCGUAAAAAAAAAUAGUUUCAGGUUUUUUUUUUUUUGAGGCUGCCUAAGACAAAUGACAGGAUAAUGUGUAUACAGUGUAUAUCUUUUCCUUCAUGCAUAAUUUUGGAAAGGUGGUUUUUAGUUUGUAUAUUACAUAUAUAUGUGAUCAUUGUUCCUUAUUUUAUUAAUUGGCUUUCUCGAUGCUUUAUUGAUUUUUUAAAAUGUUAAUGUCUAACUCAGUAAAAUAAUACUGCAUUAAAUUGUUAUUUUCAUUAUGAAUUCUAUAGCUGUAGUAAAUAAUUUUUAAAUUUUUAUAUUUAAAAAAUGUGGAUAUAAAUCUUGGUUUCUCCAUCUAUAAAUUUUAAGGCAUUUCCUGUAGCAGAAUACUUAACCAAUUUUAAAUAAGGAAUUGAAUAUAUUUGAUGUAGUGGACAAUACAGGUUGCAUGUGGACAUUUAGCCACAUUAACAACUUGGGGAAAAAAAGUCAGAUGGCAAUGUUAUAAUGAAUUCUCAGGUGAACUUUUUCAGUUCUGAAACAUCUAUUUUGAAUUUGUAAAGUAUUUUAAAUGUUUUAUUAAGGCAUGUAAUAAACUAUUCUUUGAAACUUGUUGGGCAGAAUGAAAAUUUAAAGCCAUAAUGGUAAAGGAUGGCAGACUGAUUGUAAAAUAAACAAAUAUAAUGUCUAUUUUUUUUUGCUCUCUUUCAUAACAGUUUUUGAACAGUGCAAUAAAACCACUAAACUUA